UAAAUCAUCUGGACACUGGGUCUCACUAUCGCCAAAUAUAUUUGGAGAUCGGCUUCGGCUACGGCUUGGCAGACAUUUUUUUCUUUCUACAAUUUUAAAUUAAAUUUAUUAGAAUAAAUGCUUCGAACACACGCGAUCUAAGUACCUUUUGUGUUUAUUAUACCUUACCUACCUAGGUAUAAAAAGAGUACUUACGUAGAUUUUCUUUUAUUAACUGUUUUAUACGAAGAUCUUGAUCUCUCAAAUUAGCAUCCAUUUUACUUCCAGUGAUUAUCAACUAAAUUAAUAAUCCACAAAGUAUUAAAUAACGUUUUUAUGAAAUAUUUAGCACAAAAACAAUACCCUUUAAAUAUCGAUCGUCAGUAACUGUGGCUGACUUACCUAUAUUCUAGCAAGCAGGACUGCCAGAUGUGAAGGGGAAAUCCCCAAUAAAUUGUUGCAUGUGACUGAUGAUGUGAGCAUGUUCGUUUCAUAAUAAAAAUGUUGCCAGGUAACCAAAAAGUCAUAUGUUUUUGUGCGAAUUACGAUCAUAAUCUUUACGAUCGUACAUUAAAAAAUAGACAAAUAAUAGUAUGAGUACGAUUUAAAUCGUAUAUCUGUCAACCCUGCUAGCAAGACAGCGACAAAAUCACGUUGCAUAACAAUGUAGCCCAAGCUUAUAUCUUAUGAAAUAUACGGAAGAGAUACGGACUUAGAAAAAACAGAAAUGUUGUUCUUUGUGGAAGUCAUUGAUGAAAUUCUAUGUAUUUUAGCCCGCAAACUUUCUUCAAACAAAAACAGCGCCAUCUAGUAUCGAGUUCUGUAAUUAUCUCUUUGUUUAUGGAUUUGAAGUAAGACCGCCACGCAUGCAAUACAUUAUGACUGGGGAUUCCCCUAUUCGUCGACGCUGAAUAUGAGGCGACGACAAUCACUGUCAAACGUGUUCACUAUUACUCUGACUCUGGUAACGUGACUUCCUGGUAACGUGUUAGGUAGGAAAAGCAGUAAAAAAGUGCAUAUUAAGGGAGCAGAUUUGAAAUAAUAUUUAUACUUAACAAGAAAUAAUUAAAGGUUCAAUGGGGAGACCUAAAGAUUUACGCAUAUGGGAGCACUACCGUACUUUACCAAACAAGUCUGUUUCUUGCAAGCUUUGUAAUAAGGUCUACAAAUUCAGUAAUGCUGCCAAAAUGCUUCAACAUCUUAUCACUUGUCCAAAAUCUCCAGAAACAUUAAAAGACUCUAUGAAACUUAUAAAAGAUAGCUCGUCCAAAACCAAAAUGUCUGGACUGUCAGAGAUAGAGACAAAUGAUUCUUUUAUAAGCCCCUCGUCGUCUGCUAACACUACAAUAAAUGCUGAGUUUCAAGACACCGAUGAUCAUAUAAAAACAGAAUUAGCGAGAGCUAUAUUUGUAACAGGGACGCCAUUAUCGAUGGUGCAACAUCCUUUAUGGAUACAAUUUUUCGAAAAAUUGCAACCAAAAUUUAAAAUACCUUCACGUAAAGCUUUAGCGACAAAAUACUUAGAUAAAAUAUAUAGAGAAAUGCGUUUUGAGUUAAAUGAGGAACUAAAUGCUUGUAGUUACUUACACCUUCAGUGCGAUGGCUGGUCUAAUUUAAGAAAUGAAGGAAUAAUAAACUUUCUUAUAUCAAAACCUCAACCUGCAUACGUUAAAAGUUUGAAUACAGAAAGUAAUCCUCACACUAGUGAAUACCUUAGCCAAGAAGUUGAAAAAGUAAUGAAAGUGUAUGGAGCAAAUAAGUUUCUUGUACUUAUUGGCGAUAACGCUAGAAAUAUACAAAAGGCAUUCGAAUUAACAAAACUCAAAUAUCCACAUGUUGUUCCUCUCGGUUGCUGUGCACAUAUCCUUAACUUGUUGUGCCAAGAUAUUGUAAAGAUACAAGAAGUAACUGUGUUUAUUAUGCAAGCCAUAAAUAUAAUAAAAACUGUUAAAAGGAGUCAACGAUUAAGUUCCUUGUUGAUAAAAUCAAGGCAGGGUGAAGAUUCUACACAAACACUAAAAUUGCCUUGUGCUACAAGAUGGGGAAGUCAUGUUACUUCGUUAAAAAGUUUGAAAGCAAAUAAGAUAGCUUUGCAAAUAUUAACAGUUAGAGAAGAUGUGGUAAUUUCAAGAGAUAUUAAAGAUUUAAUUCUAAGUGAUGAUUUCUGGACGAAGACAGGGGAAUGUAUAAGUAUUUUGGAACCAGUCACUGAAAGCAUAUUUUACUUAGAGAGCGACCAGAAUCGUUUGCAUCGCACAUACAUUACAUUUAGAGAUGUACAAGCUAAGAUACGUUUUGCAUUAAAUGAGAUUUCGACAUUGAGCGAAGAAAGCAAACAGCAGAUUCUAACAUCAGUAUCUUCAAGAUGCAAUAUGGCAAUGAGGCCAAUACAUUUUGCAGCAUAUAUUCUAGACCCCAGGACUCUAGGAGUCGAACUUACUCAAGAGGAAGAACUUAAGGGUAUGGAGUUUAUCUACAAUUUAAGCCAACACUUAAGUUUGUCAAAUGUAAUGGCAGAUUUGGCGUGUUAUAAAGCUAAAGAAAACUUUUGGGCCAGAGGAUUUGUAUGGAGCUCAUUAGAUAGCAUUGAGCCCCUAAUAUGGUGGAAAGGUAUUUGUGGUUCCACUGAGUUAAGCAAAGUAGCGAUUCGUAUUCUAUCAGCUCCCUGUACUUCGGCAGCCACUGAGCGUUCCUUUAGUAUCCAAGGCUACAUACAUAAUAACAAAAGAAAUCGACUUACAACUGAAAGAACUGAAAAAAUUUCAUUCAUUUGUUAUAACUGGAAUCUUAAACAUAAAGCUGAAUGCGAGGACAUUCAGUUUAAUGAAGAAAAUACCUUAGAAGCUUUCAUUGAGCAAGUAAAUGAACAUAACAGUUUAGACGAAAUAGAGCCUAUCGAACCUAUACAAUUCAUCGCUUGUAAUAACUCUGAAUCUGACAGUGAUUGACUGUAGUUUUACAUUUUACUUUCAUCUCUUUCUUAAUAAACUCAAAAUCAAAUUAAAAGUUUUUUAUUCUGUAGGCUGCAUAAUAAUAUUGUCUAUGUCCAGUAUAGUGGACGUCUUGCGGCUGAGAUGACGAUGAUGAAGUACAAAAUCAUAAACACCCAAAAAUUUGGGUGUUUAUGGGGUUUAAACCCAAUAAACCCAAAACACCCGGUUUUUACCCACCAGACUUUAAACCCACCCAGGUGGAUUGCCCAUCUCUAGUCAUAAUACAAUACUUGGCACAGAGCAAGAUUCACUACCUUUUAAAAGAUGGCGGUGGCUUUGUAGCCACUAAACCUGGGAAAUGAAUGUAUGUUACCUUUUCGAACCGACAACACAUUUAAAUGGUAGUAGUAUUAAUGUAUUCAUAAUAGGAAAGGCAAAAGAACUAAGCCAUACAGCCUGAUCUUCAGUAAACAUUUGUAAUUCCAUAUUUUAACAAGACAAAGCUGCCACAUCUUUUUUAAGACAUUUUAGAUAGUCCAUAAGGCAUAAGUAUUACAUUUUUAAAUAAAUGAUGAAAAGAAAUAUUUUCUUAUAUAAUGUAGCAGAACGUUUCACGAUAUACUGAAGAGAUGGCGGGAUAGUCUGAAAUAUUUCUUGAAGUUUAACAAAUCCAAAAAUUUUGUUUAUAUUAAAAAAAGCCGGGCAAUAAAAAAUAUAUGUAGUUUUCAUUUUUGGAGCAUAUAGAACAAACUAGAGAAUCAAUUAUUUUCAUACGAUAUAAAUGGAUACUGAAUUUACAAUUCCUAAAUCUCAAAAGAUAUCUGGGUAUAAAAUAUUCGAUUUCAAAAUAAUUUCUUGUUUCAUUAUUUA